UAUAGCAACAAAAAUGGCGCUGCUCGUUCGGGAUCCGACGGGUGCUGAGUAUGCAAACGCGGAGCAAGAACUUCAAGAAAGGAUAUUAAACAUAUAUGGGGCACCAGAAAAUGACGAUCAGCUAUUCAGACCGGACCUUGCCGACCAGCAUAAGGUUGGAUUUUUUGGUCUUGACCGGGCAUCACAGACAAAUGUCACGGAGAUUGUGGACCUCAAGGAGAUGACAGAAGUCCUCCAAAUUCUUUUACAGGAUGUUGCUACUUUGAAAAGAGACAUCAACUUUGCUAAGCAUGUGAUGCAAGCUGAUUAUGAAUCAAAGUUACAACAGAAGUCUUUAGAGUUAUAUUGCCGUAUUAAUGAAAGGGUAACAGAUUUAGAGAAGAUGCAUGAAGAGAGAGUUGGUACAGUCAGAAGGGCAUUUAGACAACAGCUUUCAGAUGCAAUAGCUCGAGUAGCAGUAUUAUAUAAUAAAAAUCUUCAGCGAAAGGUACGACAGGAGAAGUCUAAGCAUGAAGGUGAUGCUGAUAAACUGGAAGAGAAGUACAAGGAGCUGCAGCAGACGAUACAGAGGAACGAGUCCAUUAUACACAUGCUAAAAAUGCAGAUACAACAGUUGCAGAACAAAGAACCUAGUUUGGCUGAUAGUCCUUCUCUAGCCGAUUCCGAGCGGCCGUCAGCAGUGACACCCCAAACUCCGAGUUCUGCCGGUAAAGCAAUGAGUUUUGGCGAGAGCCCACCGACAACUGCCGUGACUUCAGCAAGACCACCGAGCGUCCGAGAAAAGGGUGUACAAGCGUCCAUCAAGCCGCUGACAAAAAAUAAAGAAGUACAGUUUGAUGAGUCAGUGCAUUCUAAAACACCAAGUGUAAAUCACGAGGCUGAAAUUCUUAAGGAAGAACUUGAUGAGGUGAACAAGAAGCUUAGUCAGCUGGAAGAGAGUUUACAGGAGAAAGACGAUGAAAACAGCGAACUGAAAAAAGAAAUAAAUAAACUUAGUGACCAGCUUACAAAUGAAAAAAUGGAAAAACAACAGCUCCAGAUAAAAAUUGAGACGGUGAAAAAUGAGAUAGACCAGGACAAAUCCAAUACUCAGAAAAUGAUUGCAAAACAGAAAGAAGAAAUGGAACGAAUGAUGCGUGAAAAGUUGGCGCAAGCACAACAGGCUAAUAGUGAAGCGACUGAAGCACAGCUUAAGGCAAGACAGCAGGCAGAAAAAGAAAAAAUGGCAUAUUUGUAUGAACAAGAAAAGAGGCUUAAGGAAGAGCUAGCCAAGGAAAGAGCCAAUCUUGCCGAAGCAUUGAAAGGUGAUUCGGAUGUGAACAGAUUACGGAAAGCCGAACAGAUGCUUAGAGAAGAAGUUGCGAGAUUAAAGCGUGAAAUUGAGCGAAUUCACAGAACUUGGGAAAAGAAAUUUGCUAUUUUGCAGCAGAGUUUGCAUGCUCUGAAAGAUGAAAGUUAUAUACGACAACAGUUACAAAGACAAGCAGCUAACCUGCAUCAUGCCGCUGUUAGCUAUGCAGCUGAUACCCCUAUGGGAAUACAUCCUUCCUCGAAACACACAAGUCCUACUAAAAGACCACUGCCGGAUAUUCCAAAAUAUGCUAGGCCAGUAAACCCAAAUGCAACUCCAGGUGCUCCACAAGAGAAAGACUAUAUUUCUUAUACAGUGUCUGCCCCUAGUGGAAGGGGAACCGCCAUUUUCUCAGCAGAUGAAAAUCAGAUAAUGUCGGAGAAUGAUAGAGAAGAUAUUCCAGCUGAUGUUGUACCUCUUCCUGAAAGACCGCAAAGACUAGGAAAGCACCAGACUUUGACUAAAGUCACGUGAAAAUCUACUGCCCCUGGCAAGAAGUCUGCGGAUAUUGACACUGCCAGAUUUAAAUCUGGAAAAGGACCAGUCAUAAUUGUUCCACGUGUCACGUGAUACUUGUUUGACGUCAUCAGUUGAAUGUGUAAAAGCGUGUGUUAAUUUUUUGUAACAUGAGAAUUACUUUAAAUCAUAUUAUCAUACACCUGUUCUGCAAGGUACAGUAUUUUUGCAGAAUAAGAAAAGACCGUAUGAUCUGCUCACCAUCUGUAAACAGACGAAGGUGUCAGUGGAGCAGUGUCUUCUGAUAUGAGAAGAUUUAUAUUACCGCACCAUGAGAAAACCAACAUAGUGGCUUUGCGACCAGCAUGGAUCCAGACCAGCCUGCGCAUCCGCGCAGUCUGGUCAGAAUCCAUGCUGUUCGCUUUCAAAGCCUCUUGCAAUUAGAGAAACUGUUAGCGAACAGCAUGGAUCUUGACCUGACUGCAUGGAUGCGCAGGCUGGUCUAGAUCCAUGCUGGUCGCAAACGCACUUUGUUAGUUUUCUUAUGGCGCGGCUCAUAUGUGCAUGUAUGUGUUGUUGACAUUUCAUUUUAAAGAAAGUAACAUGACUCCUUACAGUUUAUAUCCACAUGUUAAGUAAAAUACUUGACAGUGGCAGAACCACCAGUUUUCUGGAGGCUUAUGGGAACAAAGCAUUGCUAGUUUUCGUUACAACACAAUAAUAGUGUUAAACAAAUAAAUAUGAUCGUAUUUAAAAAAUAUAUAUAUAAUUUUAAAAAAAAAUCUAUUUUUCUUGUACUUAAUGAAAAUACUGUUUCAGCAGUUUUUGCAAAGCAUUUAUUUUAUAUGUCGUGCAAAUCAAACUGCCGUUUUGUAACAUAUACAUGUAGUUACUUUCACAGAACAAGUUGUUGUCCGAAAUAGGAGACAUGUGUCAUUGUUCGUACGUAUGUACGUCCCGAAAACACUCAAGACGUGUAUUUGAACAUGUCGGUGUGUAGUUCAAAAGAUUGUUUAUUACCUCGCUAAAAUAUUUUUUGACAAAAUUUAUAUAGAGAACGAAAGCAUUAACACCACCAAAGGGAAACAGAUUUCUUGAACUUUGCAGGAUUCGCGGCUGGUAGAUUUGAUUGAGCAAUAUUUGCUGAAAACUGUGAUAUUUUUUGUUAUUUUAUUUCAUACGUUGUUUAAUAUACCGAAUGUGCUUUAUUAUUGAUAAUAAAUGUGCAUACCAUGUAAAUAAAAAUUGAAAAUAUUA